GGCGGAGCGGAGCGAGCGGCUGCACACCGGGGCGGGGGCAAGAGGACCGGCGCGCCCGGCCGCCGUCGCCGCCCGCUUCAGCCGGGUUUUCGGCGGGAGCCUCUACUCCAGAGUGCGCGGUAGCGUGGGCCGUCUGCGGGCCCCAUGUGGUGCCGACAUCACUGACAUGGCGGAAUCCCCGCCGAGCCCUCCUGGCACUCGCUCCAGCUAGCCGGGACUCACCGCCGCGCCUGGCUCGGCCCGCCGCUCCGCACCAGCUCUCCGCCAGGAAGCCCGUUGAGGAAAAUUCUCCAUGAAUGUACGUCACAAUGAUGAUGACCGACCAAAUCCCGCUGGAGCUGCCGCCGCUGCUCAACGGGGAGGUAGCCAUGAUGCCUCACAUCGUCAAUGGUGAUGGAUCACAGCAGGUCUUUUUGGUUCAAGUUAAUCCAGGUGAAACCUUCACAAUAAGGGCUGAGGAUGGAACACUGCAGUGCAUCCAAGGACCAGCAGAGGUUCCCAUGAUGUCACCCAAUGGAUCCAUUCCCCCUAUUCAUGUGCCUCCUGGUUACAUCUCACAGGUGAUAGAAGACAACACCGGCGUGCGGAGGGUGGUGGUUACCCCUCAGUCUCCAGAGUGUUACCCUCCUAGCUAUCCUUCAGCCAUCUCUCCAACCCAUCACUUACCUCCCUACCUGACACACCAUCCCCAUUUUAUCCACAACUCUCAUACAGCUUUUUAUCCUCCCGUCACUGGACCUGGGGACAUACCACCACAGUUUUUCCCACAGCAUCAUCUUCCCCCAACAAUAUAUGGAGAGCAAGAAAUCAUACCACUAUACGGGAUGUCCAGCUAUAUUAGCAGGGAAGAUCAGUACAGCAAACCACAGCACAAAAAACUCAAAGACAGGCAGAUUGAUCGCCAAAACCGCCUGAAUAGUCCUCCUUCAUCCAUCUACAAAAGCCAUAUAGGCAGCUGCACAACUGUAUAUAAUGGGUAUGCAAAGAGCCACAACGGAGCGAGCAGCGGAGGUGGCAGCGGCGGCGGCGGGGGAGCUCCGGCGGUGAAGAAACCAGAGCGCAGAGCAAGGAGCAGCCCAAAGUCAAACGAACAAGACCCACAUGAAUUCGAUUCAGAAACAAAGAGGGUUCAAGACAUUCUUUCUGGAAUGGAGAAACCACAGGUUACAAAUAUUCAAGCAAGAACAGUUUUGCUUUCCUGGUCACCUCCCACUGGCCUUCUGAAUGCAGAUAGACACAGCAAGGGUUUGCCUUACACCUGUACCUAUGAGGUUGCCUUAUCGGAUAAAGGGAGGGAUGGCAAGUACAAGAUAAUUUACAGUGGAGAAGAAUUAGAAUACAACCUGAAAGACCUUAGGCCAGCAACAGAUUAUCACGUCAGGGUAUAUGCAAUGUACAACUCGGUAAAGGGAUCCUGCUCAGAGCCGGUCAGCUUCACCACUCACAGCUCGGCACCAGAGUGUCCCUUCCCACCCAAACCCUCGCACAGGACCAAAAGCUCCUUAACCUUACAAUGGAAGGCACCCGUUGAUAAUGGUUCAAAAAUCACCAGCUACCUUCUGGAGUGGGAUGAGGGAAAGAGGAACAGUGGUUUCAGAGAAUGUUACUUUGGAAGCCAGAAACAUUGCAAGUUGACUAAGCUCUGUCCAGCUUUGGGUUACACCUUCCGAUUAGCAGCUCAGAAUGACAUUGGUACUAGUGGGUACAGCCAGGAGGUGGUAUGCUACACUGCAGGCAAUAUUCCUCAGACCCCUUCUGCACCAAGGCUUGUUCGAGCUGGCGUUACGUGGAUUGCAUUGCAGUGGAAUAAAGUGGAAGGAUGCACACCAGAGGAAGUGAUUUCCUACACCCUGGAAAUUCAGGAAGAAGAUAAUGAUAGCAUGUUUCGCCCAAAGUACACUGGAGAGGAGCAGGCCUGUACUGUGAAGAAUCUCAGAAGGAGCACACAGUAUAAAUUCAGGCUGUUUGCUUCUAACGUGGAAGGAAAGAGUUCUCCCAGUGAAGUGCUGGUCUGCACAACGAGCCCAGACAGGCCAGGACCUCCGACCAGACCUGUUAUUAAGGGGCCAAUAACAUCUCAUGGCUUUAGUGUGAAGUGGGAUCCACCACAGGAUAACGGUGGCUCAGAAAUCUUGAAGUAUCUGUUAGAGAUUUCUCAAGGAAGUCCAGAAGCAAAUCAGUGGGAAGUGGCAUAUAGUGGAUCAGCUACAGAAUAUACCUGUACUCACUUGAAACCAGGCACUUUGUAUAGACUCCGGGCUUGCUGUAUCAGCACUGGUGGACACAGUCAGUGUUCUGAGAGUUUACCUGUCCGUACGCUAAGUGUUGCACCGGGGCCCUGCCGGCCGCCACGAGUUUUGGGGAAGCCAAAGCACAAAGAAGUCCAGCUGCAAUGGGAUGUUCCUCCAUCAGAAAGUGGCUGUCCUGUCUCAGAGUACAGUGUAGAAAUGACAGAACCUGAAGAAGUUGUUUCUGAAGUGUAUCAUGGGCCUGAUCUGGAGUGCACUGUCAGCAACCUGCUUCCCGGAGCAACCUAUGGGUUCAGAGUGAGAGCUCUGAACGAUGGUGGGUAUGGGCCAUUUUCAGAAGCUACAGAAGUCACCACAGCAGCAGGACCACCUGGCCAGUGCAGAGCACCUUCCCUCUCCUUUGUGUCCGACACAUGCGUACUUGUGAGCUGGGAGAGUCCUGAAUGUUCUGGUGCUGACAUCUCAGAGUACAGAUUAGAGUGGGGAGAAGAUGAGGAAUCUCUGCAGCUUGUGUACAGCGGCACGGAUACUCGCUAUGAAAUCAGUGACUUAGCAGCAGCAGCACAUUACUGCUGUAGGCUACAGGCAAUUAACCAGGCAGGAGCAGGACCCUACAGUGACCUGGUGACCUGCAGGAUCCCCGCGGCUGUGCCUGACGCGGUUUCCACCCUCUCGGUGCUGGAGGAUGAGCAGGUGGAUGCCUGUCAGCACUCGCCCUCUGUGUGCCUUGUGCUGAGCUGGGAAGAGCCAUGCAAUAACGGCGCCGAGAUCACCUCCUACAACAUCGACCUGGGGGAGGUCAGCAUCCCAGUAGGAAAUGUUACAACUUACAUCAUCAACGAUUUGCUCCCAGAAACCUCAUACCGGAUCAGGAUCCAGGCUGUCAAUGAAAUUGGAGCUGGACCAUUUAGCCACUUUAUUAAAGCAAAAACCAGGCCAUUGCCACCAUUACCUCCUCGGUUAGAGUGUGCUGCAGCAGGUCCUCAGAGCCUGAAGCUGAAAUGGGGAGACAGCAGUUCCAAGCUUCAUGCUACUGAUGACAUGGUCUAUAUCUUGCAGAUAGAAGACAGAAAUAAAAGGUUUAUUCCCAUUUAUAGGGGACCGAGUCAUACCUACAAGAUACAGAGGCUGACAGAAUCCACCUGUUACUCCUUCAGAAUACAGGCAGUCAAUGAUGCUGGGGAGGGACCUUUCUCAGAGAUAUGUACCUUCUGCACGACUAAGUCAGUGCCACCUGCCAUCAAAGCUCCUCGAGUGACACAGCUGAGAGGAAACGCCUGUGAAAUCACUUGGGAAAUGGUCCCACCCAUGAAGGGAGAUCCUGUUGGUUAUAUUCUGCAGGUACUGGUUGGAAGAGAAUCUGAAUACAAGCAGGUGUACAAGGGAGAAGAGACCACAUUCCACAUCUCAGGCCUUCAAGUCAACACAGACUAUCGGUUUCGCGUCUGCGUUUGCCGCCGGUGCUUGGAUACCUCACAGGAACUCAGCGGACCUUACAGCCCAUCCGUUGCCUUCGUGCUACAGCGGAACGAGAUCAUGCUCGCAGGGGAAAUGGGAAGCAUAGAAGACCCGAAGAUCAAGAGCAUGAUUCCUACUGAUGAACAGUUUGCAGCCCUCAUCGUUCUCGGCUUUGCAACAAUGCUGCUAUGAGAUCCAAGCUUGACACCUUCCUUUAAAAACAGAACAGCACCAAAAAUCUGCUUUAAAGGAAAAAAAAAAGAUAAAAAAUGAAGGAAAAAAAAAUCCACUUUGCUGAUUGGUUUUGGAAGUUUGAAAUACAAAUGAUGCUAAUAGCAGCGAGCAGGAAGUGUAGAGAAAAGCAAUCAGUUACACUUGAUGUCAUUGCUGAUUUGUUUGGCGUCCCUCAUCAUCACACUAACAGAAUUACCUGGUCUCACCUCACGGUUACCAGAGUGUUCUGCAGCAGCUGUAAGUGAAUCUCAUGUUCUUUUAGUUUGUAUACUCUGCCAUAGUGGCUUGGCUGUCAUUCAUGUGUUGACACCAAAAGGCAGCAUCCCAGGUGUUAAACCAUUCCUCCCCUGAUUGCCCCUGCCGCUAACCCACCGCUGGCUGAUGUCUUGACUCUCCCCAGAUAUCCCUGUGCCCGCGACGGCAGGUGGUGAGUCCAACCCAAGGGCUCUCUGCUCUCCAAGAGAUCAUCAACCACCACAAAGGUAAAAUAAAACACUAAAACCCUUGAGGAAGGAGAGAGAGAUAUAUUUUUUUUAAAUUGUUCUGCCUUCUUCUUGCUGAACUUGAAAUGUUUUCUAAUCCUGUUUGUUGGCUACAGUAGCUCAGUAUUCAGUGUCACCAUUGAAAAGUGCCCUAACUGAAUGUGUAUGAACCUUAUCCUUGCACAGUUCUUUAGAUUGGAGGAAAAAAAAAAACAAUUUAAAAAAAGAAAAGAAGAAAAAAAAAAAAGAAAAAAAAAAGUUUUUACCUCACUAUGGGAACAUACAUUCCAAGCUUUUCAACUUUAAAAAGAGAAAAAUAAAAGUAAUCAUAAGUUUUCUUGUAUUGUAAAUUUUAGACUAUUUCAUAUGCAUUGUAUUAAAACUGCCAUAUCAAUUUUAAUGUAUAGAUUUUGCAAAUACCUACACUAUGUAUGUAAGACUUAACUGUAUCUGUAGUGUAUAUGUAAUAUAUUUAUGCCCAAUAAAUGUUUUAAUUCUUUCUGAUAUCAACAGAAGCUUUCUUAAUUGGAAAAGACAGCCUUCAGGUUGCCCCUUUCCAGCAGCCUGAAGCAGGAGUGAGAGGCUUGAGUUAACACAGGAUGUUUCUGAUUUGUGGUUGGAAUGGUUGAAACCUUUGCUGGUGCAGUUUAUGAAAUAAUCUUUUCUUACACAGAAUCACAGAAUAUAUCUGUCUGGAACAGACCUUGAAGAUCAUUUGGUCCAACCACUGACCCAGCACUGAAAGGUCAACACUAAGGUCAACUGUAUCCUUAACCACCAGGUCCACAGGCUGCUUGAACUCCUCCAGGGAUGGUGACUCCACCACUGCCCUGGGCAGACCACUCCAGUGUUUGAGAAGAAAAGUUUUCCUAGCAAUGAGAGGUAACCUCAUUGCUGUCUACAACUAACUGAAGGGAGGCUGUAGUCAGGUAUGGUUGGUCUCUUCUGCCAGGCAACCAGUGACAGAGCAAGAGGACACAGCCUCAAGCUGUGCCAGGGCAGGUUUAGGCACGAUGUUAGGAGGAAGUUCUUCCCAGAGAGAGUGAUUGGCAUUGGAAUGGGCUGCCCAGGGAGGUGGUGGAGUUGCCGUCCCUGGGGGUGUUCAAGAAAAGCCUGGAUGAGGCACUUGGUGCCAUGGUCUGGUUGAUUGGACAGGGCUGGGUGAUAGAUUGGACUGGAUGAUCUUGGAGGUCUUUUCCAACCUGAUUGAUUCUAUGAUUCUGUGAAUUAACCUUGAAGUUUCUGUGGUCUUUGAAUCACUGGUUUCAAACAGCUUGCAUGAAAAUCUAAGGACAGUAAAAAUACACCUAGAUCUGUUGUCUCAUUGUAAUAAGUUCUGGUCUUUCAAGGUUUAAUCUCUUCUUUCUUAAUUG